CUGUAAACGUCAGGAACCGCGAGAGAGCAAAAGUUGUUUUGUCAUUGUGUGGUGGAUAGUGGAUUUUUGUGCUGUCGAAAAACUGAACUAUUUAGGAGAUUUUGGCACAAUUUAUCUAUUCGCAAGUGCUAGUAAGAUCUGCCACCGGAACUAGAUUGUAUUUUCAAAAUGCCGUCGGAAGCAAGCACAACCAAGGUGAUUGUGCAUCCUCUGGUAUUACUUAGCGUUGUAGACCAUUUCAACCGGAUGGGCAAAAUCGGUAACCAAAAACGGGUUGUCGGUGUGCUGCUCGGAUGCUGGAAAGCCAAAGGUGUUCUGGACGUGUCGAAUAGCUUUGCCGUUCCCUUCGACGAAGACGAUAAGGAUAAAUCUGUCUGGUUUCUGGACCAUGACUAUUUGGAGAAUAUGUACGGCAUGUUUAAGAAGGUUAACGCUCGGGAAAGGGUAGUCGGGUGGUACCACACGGGGCCAAAACUGUGCCAAAAUGAUAUCGCCAUUAAUGAGCUGAUCCGGCGCUACUGUCCCAACUCGGUUUUGGUCAUAAUCGAUGCAAAACCGAAAGAUCUAGGUCUACCGACUGAGGCGUACAUUGCCGUUGAGGAAGUGCACGAUGAUGGUACUCCGACGUCGAAAACGUUCGAACACGUCCCGAGUGAAAUUGGUGCAGAGGAGGCAGAGGAGGUCGGUGUUGAGCAUUUGCUGCGAGACAUCAAGGAUACUACGGUCGGUAGCCUAUCGCAAAAGAUUACUAACCAGUUACUAGGUUUAAAGGGGCUGAAUGCUCAGCUCCGAGACAUUAAAAAUUAUUUGCUGAAAGUGGGUAAUGGUCAGUUACCAAUCAACCAUCCGAUAGUAUAUCAACUGCAGGAUAUAUUGAACCUCUUGCCAGACAUUACGCAGGAUUCAUUUACCGAUACAUUGUACGUCAAGACUAACGAUCAGAUGCUGGUGGUAUACUUGGCUUCUCUAGUUCGAUCCAUCAUAGCGUUGCAUAAUUUAAUAAACAAUAAGCUCACGAAUCGUGACGCCGAGGAAGGCAAGAAGGGUGAUGAAUCAAAGGAUAAAAAGGACAGCAAAGAAAAAAACGAGAAAGAAGGUGAAAAGGAUAAAAAGAAGGACGAAAAGGAUAAGAAAGAAGACAGUAAGGGGGAAAAAGUAAAGGAUGAAAAGAAAAAGUAGACUUGUUUAAUGCUUCAUUCUUUUGAAAUGUAAUCUUAAAAAAAAUAAAAACCGAUUUAAUUUGA